UCCAUCCAUGCUCUUUGUGUGUGUCUGUGUUUGUGUGGUGUAAAUGGGAUUAUCAUGAUAAGACAGGUAGAGAGAUUUGCAUCCAUGGUUCUAGGUCAUGUGAUAAUUGCUUAAAACAAAGAAAGUAUUCAUCCUGAUGAACACAUAUUUCUUAUGUUUGAUAUGUUCCUGUAGAAGGACCAAGUUGGAGUAACCUUUAUUUACUUUAUUUUUACUGAAAGAAGCAAAAAUUUUGAAUUCCAGCUUCUGUGUCAUGUACUUUAUAAAUGUUACCUCAUUUAAUACUCACAAAUUUCUAUGAAAUGAGUAACUCUGAAGCCCAUGCUAAGAAUAUUACUCAAGGUAACACAUAUAGGAAAUCAUAGAGUCAUGCUUUAAGCCCAAGCAAAUCUGAUUUUAAAUCUAUGUUUGGUCACUGUUUACACUAGUUUUAUUAAUGAAAUACUCAAGUACUCAAGUCAAAGUGUUUUAUAAUCCUUAUUUGCAUUGAGUAUAAAACUUCUACAUAUAUCUCUUAUCUUGAAUUAUUCUUAUUUAUCAGAGAAAUUAUUUUGAUUUAAUAACAAAAUAGCUCUCCUUUUUUUUUCUGUCUAUAGACGUGAUUCGUACAUUGAAAAGAAGUGAAAAUCACCCACAAAAAAAUUCUAUAAUUUUAUAGGAUAUCAUCUAAUCUUAUGUUUUUAAUGCCUAUUGUAAUUAAGUAUUUCUUCCUCUUAACAGCUUUUGACAUUUUGUACCUUAAAUCUUAAAGGUUUCUUGAUAAGCUGGUGCUUAUUUGAAAAUGUUUUAUUCUGGAUAGAUGUUGGGAAUCUCCCUUUUCUUUGCAAGUGUUCAUAUGUGUGUCUUUUACUCUAGCGCUUGUGAAAUAAGAGAUGUCUGGUCUGUUGUUCAGCCCCAUGUAGAUCUAGGUGAGCUCAUUGGGUCAUCGGAGACAGAGGAGCCAGUGGUGGCCAUGACUGAUGUGGGUCCUACUCCAGAGGAGGUUCAAGUACCUUUGGCCAUGUGGGAGGCUGGCAUUCAGCACAUAGAGCUGGAGAAAGGGAGCAGAGGCCUUGGUUUUAGCAUUUUAGAUUAUCAGGAUCCAGUUGAUCCAGCAAGCACUGUGAUUGUAAUUCGUUCCUUAGUCCCUGGUGGCAUUGCUGAAAAGGAUGGACGACUUCUUCCUGGAGAUCGCCUCAUGUUUGUCAAUGACAUUAACUUGGAAAACAGCAGUCUUGAAGAAGCUGUGGAAGCACUGAAGGGGGCACCCUCAGGAACUGUCAGAAUAGGAGUGACCAAGCCUUUACCUGUAAGAAUUUGGAUUCUAUUGAUUUAUUUUUAUAUGUACAAGAAAAGUGGCUCACAGGUUUUCUUUUAGCCUUGGGUGUUCUCAUGACUGAAUCAUCACUUUUGGUACUUUUCAGCAAUAUGGUCUUUGGCUCCAUGAACAUAAAAAUUUAAUUUGAGUUAUAUUUUUCAGAAAAUAAGGAAAGAAAAGAGCCAGGAUAUUUAGAAAUAUGUUUAUAACAUUACUUUGUGAUUAUCUUUUGAUGUUUUUUAUUAUUAGCUAUUAAGGUCAUGAUGAAGCAGAAUCAUAUAUUUCAAAGAAAUAUGGAUUCAAAUAUUAAAAUAACAAUGUAGCGGGGGUACUAAAAAUCAAUAGCAUUUGGGCUGGGGAUGUGGCUCAAGUGGUAGUGCGCUCGCCUGGCGUGCGCAGAGCACUGGGUUCGAUCCUCAGCACCACAUAAAAAUAAAAAAUAAAGAUGUUGUGUCCACUGAAAACUAAAAAAUAAAUAAAUAAAUAAAUAAAUAUUAAAAGAAUUCUCUCUCACUCUCUCUCUUUAAAAAAAAGUUAAAAGCAUUAACAACUAAUAGUAGAACCUUUAAUCAUAGGGGAGUAAAGUAGGAUCUCUGAUAGAGUGGCUUAAGUUUCUUAAUUAUGUUGACUUCAACACUAUUUGUUGUAUAAUUUGUUCAUAAUUUAUUGAACAAUACAAAAUGAGUUCAUCAGUUUGUGGCUCUUUCUUCUGGGAGGGAAUAGUUCCCAUAUUCUAUACUGCAAUAUUGAAAAAACAAUUUAUGUUGUAUAAAGCAGCAUGUUUUAUUAGGUGUAGUAAUUGUAACAUGGCAUUUACCAUUGUACUGCAAUUAAAUAUUAAGAGACAUGAUCAUUAUUUGUGAGGUUUUUCCAUGGUAUAAAUAUAGUUUUAAAUGAAAGGAAGUGCAACAUAUAUAUGCAUGAAUAUCAAUAAAGAUUUGUUUGAUUUUUGUGAGAGAAUUUGUUCAAAUAAUAAGCUUUGUUAGUAUUUUUAAGUGUUAAUUAGAAUUAUUCUAUGUUCCAGUUUUACUCCACAAGGAAUUUUGGUAAUCUAUGAAAUGCAUUUAUGAAAAAAUAAUAGAAAACAGGGAGGGAGAAAAGAAUGAAGACUGGUAAUCCAACCUAAAAAUCAAAUCAGGAUUAUAGAAAUAAUGGGAAAAGAUCUGUACUAAAGGGAAUGUAAAAAUGAAAAGGCACGUCAUGAGGCUCUAUAUAUUUAUCGAAGGUGGACCAUAAAUUGGCUCUGGUCUUUCUGUUUUACAAAGAGAAAUAGUGAACACGACUUAAUACAUGUUUUUUUUUUUUUUU